AUGGGAUCCAUCGAGCUCCUGUGGCUGCUGCCGCCGCUGCUUUCGGCGGCAGCCUCGGGCUCCGGGACCGGGACUGGCCAGCGCGCGGGCUCGCGGGUCGUGGGGCCGCCGCUGCAGCCCCGGGAGCCUCUCAGCUAUUCACGCCUGCAGAGGAAGAGUCUGGCGGUGGACUUCGUGGUGCCCUCGCUCUUCCGUGUCUACGCCCGUGACCUGCUGCUGCCGCCGUCCCCCUCGGAGCCGAGGGCUGGCCGUCCGGAGGCGAGCGGCUCGCUGGCUCUCGACUGCUCCCCGCUGCUCGAGCUGCUCGGGCCGCCGCCCGGGGUCUCCUGGACAGCAGGCGCCAGCUCGCCGGCCCCGGCCGCGGCCCGGACGCUGUCCAGGGUGCUGAAGGGCGGCUCGGUUCGCAAGCUUCGGCGCGCCAAGCAGCUGGUGCUGGAGCUGGGCGAGGAGGCGAUCUUUGAGGGCUGUGUCGGGCCCCCCGGGGAGGCGGCUGCGGGGCUGCUCCAGUUCAACCUCAGCGAGCUGUUCAGCUGGUGGGUUCUCCACGGCGAGGGGCGGCUGAGGAUCCGCCUGAUGCCCGAGAAGAAGGCGUCGGAAGUGGGCAGAGAGGGAAGGCUGUCCGCGGCCAUCCGCGCCUCCCAGCCUCGCCUUCUCUUCCAGAUCUUCCAGACCGGUCACAGCUCCUUGGAGCCAUCAGCAAACAUGCCUACUCCUCCUGAUUAUGUUGCAUGGAAUCUCACCUGGAUAAUGAAAGAUUCCUUCCCUUUCCUGUCUCAUCGCAGCCGAUAUGGUCUAGAGUGCACCUUUGACUUCCCCUGUGAGCUGGAAUAUUCCCCUCCGCUGCACAACCUUGGGAACCAGAGCUGGUCCUGGCGCCGUGUCCCCUCUGAGGAGGCCUCCCAGAUGGACCUGUUUGACGGACCUGAGGCAGAGCAUUCUAAGGAGAUGCCCAGAGGCUCCUUCCUCCUCCUCAACACCUCAGCAGACUCUAAGCACACCAUCCUGAGCCCAUGGAUGCGCAGCAGCAGUGAGCACUGCACACUGGCAGUCUCAGUGCACAGGCACCUGCAGCCCUCCGGGAGGUACGUCGCACAGCUGCUGCCCCACAAUGAGGUUGGAAAGGAGAUUCUCUUGGUACCCACUCCAGGAAAGCAUGGCUGGACAGUGCUGCAUGGAAGAAUUGGGCACCCAGAGAACCCUUUCCGAGUGGCCCUGGAAUACAUCUCCAGUGGAAACAGAAGCUUGUCUGCAGUGGAUUUCUUUGCUGUGAAGAACUGCAGUGAAGGAACAUCCCCUGGCUUCAAGAUGGCCCUGCAGAGUUCCUUCACUUGUUGGAACGGGACAGUCCUCCAGCUCGGGCAGGCCUGUGACUUCCACCGGGACUGUGCCCAGGGAGAAGACGAGGGCCAACUAUGCAGUAGCCUCCCUGCUGGUUUUUACUGUGAUUUCGAGGAUGACUUCUGUGGCUGGACCCAAGGCACACUCUUACCCAACAUGCCCCAGUGGCAGGUCAGGACCUUAAAGGAUGCCCGCUUCCAGGACCACAAAGGCCACGCCUUGCUGCUCAGCACCACCAAUGUCCCCACCUCUGAAAGUGCUGCAGUGACCAGCACUAUGUUCCCCGCGCCGAUGAAGAACUCUCCAUGCGAGCUCCGAAUGUCCUGGCUCAUCCGUGGAGUUUUGAGAGGAAACGUGUCCUUGGUGCUGGUGGAGAACAAAACUGGAAAGGAACAAAGCAGGAUGGUCUGGCAUGUUGGCGCCAAUGAAGGCUUGAGCCUGUGGCAGUGGACUGUGUUGCCUCUCCUCGACGUGUCCGACAGGUUCUGGCUGCAGAUGGUCGCGUGGUGGGGACAAGGAUCCAGAGCCACUGUAGCUUUUGACAAUAUCUCCAUCAGCCUGGACUGCUACCUCACCAUCAGUGGAGAGGACAAGGUGCCACAGAAUGCAGCACCCAAAUCAAGAAAUCUGUUUGAGAGAAACCCAAACAAGGAGCCCAAACCUUGGGAAAAUAUGCCAAGACAGACCCCCAUCUUUGACCCUACAGUUCACUGGCUGUUCACCACAUGUGGGGCCAGCGGGCCCCACGGCCCCACCCAGGCCCAGUGCAACAAUGCCUACCAGAACUCCAACCUGAGCGUGGUGGUGGGGAGCGAGGGCCCCCUGAAGGGCAUCCAGAUCUGGAAGGUGCCAGCCACUGACACCUACAGCAUCUCGGGCUAUGGAGCCGCGGGCGGGAAAGGCGGGAAGAAUACCAUGAUGCGGUCCCACGGCGUGUCUGUGCUGGGCAUCUUCAACCUGGAGAAGGACGACACGCUGUACAUCCUGGUCGGGCAGCAGGGGGAGGACGCCUGCCCCAGUACAAACCAAUUGAUCCAGAAAGUCUGCGUUGGAGAGAACAACGUGAUAGAAGAAGAAAUCCGUGUGAACAGAAGUGUGCAUGAGUGGGCAGGAGGAGGAGGAGGAGGGGGUGGAGCCACCUAUGUGUUUAAGAUGAAAGAUGGAGUGCCCGUGCCCCUGAUCAUUGCAGCUGGCGGUGGUGGCAGGGCCUAUGGAGCCAAGACAGACACAUUCCACCCAGAGAGACUGGAGAAUAACUCCUCGGUUCUGGGGCUGAACGGCAAUUCCGGAGCAGCAGGUGGUGGAGGUGGCUGGAAUGAUAACACUUCCUUGCUCUGGGCUGGAAAAUCUUUGCUGGAGGGUGCUACCGGAGGACAUUCCUGCCCCCAGGCCAUGAAGAAGUGGGGGUGGGAGACAAGAGGGGGUUUCGGAGGGGGUGGAGGGGGGUGCUCCUCAGGUGGAGGAGGCGGAGGAUAUAUAGGCGGCAAUGCAGCCUCGAACAAUGACCCUGAAAUGGAUGGGGAAGAUGGGGUUUCCUUCAUCAGUCCACUGGGCAUUCUGUACACCCCAGCUUUAAAAGUGAUGGAGGGCCACGGGGAAGUGAAUAUUAAGCAUUACCUAAACUGCAGUCACUGUGAGGUAGAUGAAUGCCACAUGGAUCCCGAGAGCCACAAGGUCAUCUGCUUCUGUGACCAUGGGAUGGUGCUGGCCGAGGAUGGUGUCUCCUGCAUUGUGUCUCCAACUCCGGAGCCCCACCUGCCACUCUCGCUGAUCCUCUCUGUUGUCACCUCUGCCCUGGUGGCUGCCCUCGUCCUGGCUUUCUCUGGCAUCAUGAUUGUGUACCGCCGGAAGCACCAGGAGCUACAAGCCAUGCAGAUGGAGCUGCAGAGCCCUGAGUACAAGCUGAGCAAGCUCCGCACCUCAACCAUCAUGACCGACUACAACCCAAACUACUGCUUUGCCGGCAAGACUUCGUCCAUCAGUGACCUGAAGGAGGUGCCACGGAAAAACAUCACCCUCAUUCGGGGUCUGGGCCAUGGUGCAUUUGGGGAGGUGUAUGAAGGCCAGGUGUCUGGAAUGCCCAGCGACCCAAGCCCCUUGCAAGUGGCUGUAAAGACACUGCCUGAGGUGUGCUCAGAACAGGACGAGCUGGAUUUCCUCAUGGAGGCCCUGAUCAUCAGCAAAUUCAACCACCAGAACAUCGUGCGCUGUAUCGGGGUGAGUCUGCAAGCCCUGCCCCGAUUCAUCCUGCUGGAGCUCAUGGCAGGAGGAGACCUCAAGUCCUUCCUGCGGGAGACCCGCCCUCGCCCGAAUCAGCCCUCCUCCCUGGGCAUGCUGGACCUUCUGCACGUGGCUCGGGACAUUGCCUUUGGCUGUCAGUAUUUAGAGGAAAACCACUUCAUCCACAGGGACAUUGCUGCCAGGAACUGCCUCUUGACCUGUCCAGGCCCUGGAAGAGUGGCCAAGAUUGGAGACUUUGGAAUGGCCCGAGACAUCUACAGGGCAAGCUACUACAGAAAAGGAGGGUGUGCGAUGCUGCCGGUUAAGUGGAUGCCCCCGGAGGCCUUCAUGGAGGGAAUAUUCACUUCUAAAACCGACACUUGGUCCUUUGGAGUGCUGCUGUGGGAAAUAUUUUCUCUUGGAUAUAUGCCAUACCCUAGCAAAAGCAACCAGGAAGUUUUGGAGUUCGUCACCAGUGGAGGACGGAUGGACCCACCUAAGAACUGCCCUGGGCCUGUAUACAGGAUAAUGACUCAAUGCUGGCAACAUCAGCCUGAAGACAGGCCCAACUUUGCCAUAAUUUUGGAGAGGAUUGAAUACUGCACCCAGGACCCUGAUGUAAUCAACACUGCCUUACCCAUAGAAUACGGUCCACUUAUGGAAGAGGAAGAGAAAGUGCCCAUGAGGCCCAAAGACCCUGAGGGGAUUGCUCCUCUCCUGGUCUCUCCCCAGCAGGUAAAGCAGGAGGCAGCGCACAGCCCGGCCGCACCCCCUCCUCUGCCCACCACUUCCUCCGGCAAAGCCCUGAAGAAACCCACAGCUGCAGAGGUCUCUGUCCGAGUCCCCAGAGGACCGGCCGUGGAGGGGGGACAUAUUAAUAUGGCAUUUUCUCAGUCCAACCCACCAUCGGAGCUGCACAAGGUCCAGGGAUCCAGAAACAAACCGACCAGCUUGUGGAACCCAACCUAUGGCUCAUGGUUUACAGAGAAACCCACCAAAAAGAACAAUCCUCCAGCCAAGAAGGAGCAACAGGAGAGAGGAGACUUGGGAAGUGAGGGGAGCUGUACUGUCCCACCCAACGUUGCCACCGGGAGACUUGCGGGGGCCUCACUGCUCCUGGAGCCGUCCUCGCUGACGGCCAGCAUGAAGGAGGUGCCCCUGUUCAGGCUGCGCCACUUCCCCUGCGGGAACGUCAACUACGGCUACCAGCAGCAGGGCUUACCUUUAGAGGCCAUCAUUGCCCCUGGAGCUAGUCAUUACGAGGACACCAUGCUGAAAAAUAAGAAUAGCAUAAACCAGCCGGGACCCUGA